CCGAAGUAUAUGCUAAUUCGCGCUGAGAUCUUGCAUGCCUUUGCACAAGUUUGUGAUAGGUGUGGAAACUUGAAAGGCAUCAUCGGAGUCUCGUCCCGUGGAUCCGUAGCAACACGGUCGACGCGUCAUCAACCUUCUUGUAAAGUUACAUCGACAACAAUGGAGGCAUCCUCGACGUCUUCUGGCAGCAUGGAUCAGCGGCGGAAGGAUGCAUUGCAGAGCUAUCGUGAGAAAAUGCGACACCACGAAUCGAGUAGCGAGAACCUGAAAACUCUACGGUUUUCGCUCAAGGACUUGGAGAAGGAAUACGAGAAGACUGAGGACGACAUCAAAGCUGUGCAAUCCGUAGGCCAAAUAAUCGGCGAGGUCAUGAAGCAGCUGGAUGAUGAUCGGUUCAUAGUAAAGGCCUCAUCAGGUCCUCGUUAUGUCGUUUCAUACCGCCCUGCCCUGCCCGCCGCUAAACUUAAAAACGGUACUCGUGUAUCUCUUGACAUGACAACCCUGACCAUCAUGCGCAUACUACCCCGUGAAGUUGAUCCUCUUGUAUACAAGAUGAGCCUGGAAGACCCUGGAGGAGCCUCGUUUGCGGGUAUUGGUGGCUUGGGGGAACAGGUUCGUGAAUUACGUGAGAUUAUCGAACUUCCUCUUCUGAACCCUGAACUCUUCCAACGUGUCGGAAUCAAACCUCCGAAGGGUGUCCUGCUCUAUGGUCCUCCUGGGACUGGUAAAACUCUUCUGGCGCGUGCCGUCGCAGCAACACUGCAAACGAACUUCCUUAAAGUCGUCUCGUCCGCUAUAGUAGACAAAUACAUCGGUGAGAGUGCCCGUGUUGUACGAGAGAUGUUUGGGUAUGCACGAGACCACGAGCCUUGCGUUAUCUUCAUGGAUGAGAUUGACGCUAUCGGUGGAAGACGGUUCUCCGAAGGUACUAGUGCAGACAGGGAGAUUCAGAGGACCCUCAUGGAAUUGUUAAAUCAAAUGGAUGGUUUCGAUUCCUUGGGAAAGACGAAGCUCAUCAUGGCUACCAACCGACCGGAUACAUUGGAUCCUGCCCUGCUUCGUCCAGGUCGUUUAGAUAGGAAGAUUGAGGUACCGCUACCUAACGAGCAGGCAAGACUUGAGAUUCUCAAAAUCCACGCUGCCCCCGUGAACAAGGGCGGUGAGAUCGAUUACGAGGCCAUUGUCAAGCUGACGGACGGAUUCAAUGGCGCCGAUUUGCGCAAUGUUGUUACGGAGGCAGGGAUGUUUGCCAUAAGAGAUGAAAGAGAACUCGUGAAUCAAGAGGAUUUGACGAAAGCAGCAAGGAAAGUAAGCGAUGCGAAGAAGCACGAAACCAAAUUGGAGUAUUCCGCGUAGAUUCUGCAUUCCAUCUUUCUCAUGGUUCUCACAUCCGUCAAUACACUAUUUUGCGAGUGUGACUGUUUUGUAACAUCGAUCUUUUACCCGCUUGAUGACUUAUAAUCGACACAAGCCGGGAAUAUGGUCAACUCCAUUCCACGUACUUCUCAGACUUCACAGCUAUUCCAGGACUACUAUCAACGGGCCGACAGCAAAGUGCGCGUGGAUGAUGUCGACGAUAUCCAUCAGAACGAACAGAAGGAGAGCACUCAUAUAUGUGUGCAAGUCUUAGGAAAAUCAAUCUUGUGAUAA